AUGACCAACCAUGAAUUGAAAUGCAGUAGCAGGAAGAGGAGAGCAGGUGCAGUAGGAGGAGGACCAGCAGCAGGAGGAGGGCCAGCAGGAGAAGAAGCAGGAGGAGGAGGGGCAGCUGCAAAAGGAGGAGCAGCAGCAGGAGGAGGAAGAGCAAAAGGAGCAGAAGCAAGAAGAGGAGCAGGACAUCAGGACUCGAGGAUUAGGAAGAGAAGCAGCGGCAGGAAGAGGAGUAGAAGAAGUUGGAGAAAGAGCAGCAACAGGAAGAGGAGUAGAAGAAGUUGGAGAAAGAGCAGCAGCAGGAGGAGGGGCAGCAGGCCGAGGAGGAGAAGGAACAACAGGAAGAGGAAAUGGAGAAGCAGUAGGGAAAGGAGGGGGAGCAGCAGCAGGAAGAGCAGCAGCGGGAGAAGCAGCAAGAGGAGGGGUAGUCGGAGGAAGGAGCAGCAGGAGGAGGAGCAGCAAGAGGAGGAGCAGACAGAGGAGGAGGAGCAGACAGAGGAGGAGGAGCAGCAGGAAAAGGACCAGCAAGAGGAGGAGUAG